AAAAAACUGGUUUUAAAUCAAGAACCGAGCUUAUAUUAUUGUCUGAUCUUUCUUCUUCUACUUUGUGCAGGUCCUAAGGAGUAUGCUGAGUUGUGGAAUUGCCUUGCUCAAUGGCGUGCCAUGUUUGACAGGUACGAUAGAGAUAGGAGUGGAAAGAUGAAUGCUUUAGAGCUCAGAGACGCUUUCUAUCAUCUCGGUUACAUGCUUCCAACCUCUGUUCUCCAGCUUAUUAUCUUAUCUCAGUUUGACGAUGCCACUGGCAACACUGUCGAUCUCUGUUUUGACAGAUUCCUCGAAUGUGGGAUGAUUGUGAAGAGUUUGACUGAGAAGUUCAAAGAGAAGGACCCCGGUUACACAGGCUACGCAACGCUCUCUUACGAUACUUUCAUGUCGAUGGUCAUUCCGUUCAUCGCCUCAUAUGACUAAUGGUCUUAUCUUUCUUAUCUCAGCUUCAAGUUGUACAUUUGAUAAUGGGGGUUUGUGGUUACUGAAUAGGAGAGUGAAAUCAAACUAGUGAUUAGGUUUUAGUUGUGGAAGAGAAUAAAUGAAAGUUGUAAUGAUUAUAAAUAAGAAACAAAAGUGGUUUGUGUUGUAAA